ACAUCUUCUUUCUUAUGCGCGUUGCUUUCGUGUUUCUCUAUUUUACUAAAUUUCCUAUUCUCUCUCUCUCUAUCAUCUACGGCGAAUCCUCCGGUUGUGAAGCAGUCAUAGUGAUGGAUCUUCAGAGCACCACCGUCUGCUGUUUGUGUGGCGACGUCGGCUUUUCCGAUCAGCUCUUCCGCUGCUCCAACUGCCGCAGCCGCUUCCAGCACUCGUACUGUAGCAGCUACUGCGGAGAACAGUCACGGCGUGUUGAGGUAUGCGAUUGGUGUUUAAGCGAGAAAGCAAGUUCAUCAUCCGGAAGAAUUACGAGUAAAUUCCCGCAGGCAAGUAGUGAAAUGAGAUCAGCCUACUCCGGCGAAAAAAUCAAGCAGAAUAACCGUGGGGACGGUGGCGCUACGGCGGAUAAAGUCGCCGGAAAAAGUCUUUCGCCGCGGCCUACCGCACGCAGGUACAAACUUCUCAAGGAUGUAAUGUGCUGAUUAAUAUAUGUAGUCACGAUCUCCUCCUGUUACUAUUUAGCUAUCGCUUCUAUACAUCUCUGAGCUAUUUUCUCUUCAUUUAAACCAAUAAUAUUCCAUCAUCAUGCUUUAUAUGUAAUGUAUAUGUACAUAUUUAUAUAUAUAUAUUCCAUUUCACUUA